UUGCUGACCUGAGGGGGAAGAGAGCGCCUUGGAGGACGGAAAGGCCCGGCGGGCGGGGGAGCGGCAGCCUCCGUUCGCCUCCAACUCAGGAUGUGGAAACUGGUUCCAGCAGCCGAGCCUGGGCCAGGACAGCCAUAUUGGCUUUUAGUUGGUGUGGAGUAUGUUGUUGGACGUAAGAACUGUGCCAUUUUAAUUCAAGAAGAUCAAUCAAUCAGCCGAAGUCAUGCAGUUCUUUCAGUUAAACAUCCGCAAAUGAACCUUAGUCAAUCCUCCUCAUUUCCUGAGUUAACAUUAAAGGACACCUCUAAAUAUGGUACUUUUGUCAAUGAAGAAAAACUGCCAAAUGGUACUGCCAAAAUAUUGAAAUCGGGUGACAGAGUCACUUUUGGAGUCUUUGAAAGCAAAUAUAGAGUAAAAUAUGAGCCUUUGGUUGUGUGCUCUUCAUGCUUAGAUGUUUCACAGAAAAGGGCUUUAAAUCAAAAUAUUCUGCAACUGGGAGGUCACGUAGUGAAUGAGUGGAAAGAAGAAUGUACUCAUCUUGUUAUGGUCACAGUCAAAGUUACUGUGAAGACAAUAUGUGCAUUGGUUUGUGGUCGACCAAUUAUGAAGCCAGAAUAUUUUGCUGAAUUAAUAAAAGCCAUUCAGGCGAAGCAACAAUUACCAAUACCUGAAAGAUUUUAUCCUCCGAUUGAUGAGCCAAGCAUUAAGAGUGAAAAAUUAGAUCUGGCCAUCUGUCCUCAAAGAAAAAACAUCUUCAGAGGAAAAACAUUUGUUUUUCUGACUGCUAAGCAGCAUGCAAAACUGAGGCCAGCAAUUAAACUUGGAGGAGGAGAAGCAAAGCUGAUGACCGAAGAAGCAGAGGAUGUUGCUUCUUUAAUAGCAUCUGAUGUUUGUGUCAUUGAAGUAGAAUUAACAAACUUUCAAGCAUCGGUUUCUGACUCGGAGAGGAAAUGGAUUGAUAUAAUCACAGCUGCCUUACAAAGGAAGAAAUAUAGGACAAUUUCAGAGGCAGAAAUUGGGUUAGCAGUUAUCUUUGCAUCUACAAAAAGAUACUGUAAUCCUGAAGCUUUAAUUGACGCAGCUGCAGAUGUAAAACCUGCUUAUUCAACAUCAAUUGUUCGAGGACCAAGCCUUUCUCAGAGUGCAGUCGUAGAUGAAACUGUAAUGCCUGCCAUCGUAGGCGACAUCACUGCAUAUGUAGCUGACACAGAAAUGGACCAACUGAUGGACACAUGUAUGGAAUUAACAGGAGAGAAGAAAAAUAAAGAAACUCAUGUAAGGGAUCGAAGAAGAAAAACCAAUCAAUAUGAUAUAACUACCGUAAUGGAGACUCCAGCAGAAACUGGCACUGUAAACUUAGGGGAAGCAUUGCCAAGCGUGGACAGAAGGACUGGGAUUGACCAAAAUAACCUAUCAUUCUCUCCCUCUAAAAUGUUCGGGCAUAACAGAAGCAGAGAGAGAGAUUCACAGCAACAAACAAAUUCAAUUAAAAAUUACUUCCAGACAGCUACUAAAAAAAGAGAAAGGAGCGAGGUUGGAGAAACGUCAGUAUCUAAAUAUGCAAAGACAGAGGAGAAGUCAUCACAGGUUUCCAGUCUCACUCAGCCUGUAACUUCCCUAUGUGAAAACAAUGGUGCAGAAAGAACUCAAAAGAGACAGGGUGUCUUGGACCAGAAAACAAAUGAGCCAUAUAUAGACACAAGUAGAAAGUCUAAAAUAGAAACUACUAAAAUGGAGAAAACUGCAACUGAAAGUAUUCCUGAUAGAAAGUCCACAUCAAAAAAGAGAAAAGAAUUGGAUGACUCAUUAGAAGAUGAAGCUUCAUUGGAGCUUGUCUUUAGCCAAGAGCUCGAUUGGGAAGAGGAUAUAAGAGAUGAUGGUGAAGAAAGUGCUCAGGGUGCAAAGAAGAAAAGGAAACUGGAAAAUAAAGACAGGACAUCAGCAGGCAUGGAGGCCCAGAGACAUUUGCAAGAAAAUGAGCAAUCACUUCCAGCUUUGAACCAGAAACAAGAGACAAAAGAAGAACCACCAGAAUCCAAUCCUGAUAAAUUUGCAAGUGACUCUACCAGUCUACCCAGCAGACUUUUGCUGACUGAAUUUAGAUCAUUGGUUGUUAGUCAGCCAAGGAAAGAUGGUCGUUCUGCUGCUAAAACAGAUUAUGGGCAACUGAAAAACUUCAAAAAAUUUAAAAAGGUAGAUUAUCCUGGAGCCGGACAGCUUCCACAUAUUAUUGGGGGAUCAGAUCUGAUUGCUCAUCAUGCUAGAAAGAAUUCUGAGAUGGAAGAAUGGUUGAGGCAAGAAAUGGAGGAACAGAGUCGCUAUGCAAGAGAGGAGUCACUUGCAGAUGACCUCUUCAGGUAUGAUCCCCGUAUAAAAAGAAGAUAGUUGUGCCUUGAACUAAAUGUAUAGCAGAAGAAAAUCUUCCCUUACCUGUAUGCAGCAUCAAAAUGUUAACUUCACAUUGAUCAUAUCUCCUAAAAACCUGAUUUUCAUGUUGAAGAAAGGACAUUUCUGUCUUCAACACUUAAUACUACUUCAAAGUAGUUACAACUAGUGAUGGAUCCAAAAAUUAUCAAACCACAAUUUGUUAGAGUAAUCCAGGCAGUUUUUGUAAUGCUCACCUCAGUAUGAAAAAAGCAUUGACAUUGAAGCCAAAGAGCCCCUGGCCCUUCACUUAUCCCCAAACACACAUCUUCAAGCCCCUUCCUAUAGUCUUACUUUUUUCUUUUUCUUUUUGCUGUUGUGGCAGUAGAGGCCUAUAUUCCAGAUCCAAGGCAUUGUGGGAAAUGUAGUUUUCUGACCUAUGUCUGUGGCACUGGGAAAAUGAAAUUAUCCAUCAUCGUUAUUAUUAUUAUUAUUAUCAUUAUUAUUAUUAUCAUUAUUAUUAUUGUUAGUAGUAGUAUCCCGCCUUUUGCCCAAUACUGGGCUUCAGGGCGGCCUUACAAAAUUUAAAACAUACAUUUUAAACCUAGGGAAAGAAAUGUACAAAAAUAAAUAAAAAAAUAAAACAUGUACAUAGAAUAAAACAGUAACACCCUGCCACAUAGGCUUACAUUCUAAUAAAAUCAUAAUAGAACAAUAAGAGAGGGAAGAGAAUGCACCAAAUAGGUACAGGGGACAAUAAAACUAACAGUGUGAAAGUAAAAACAAAUUCAAGUUCUAAAAGCUGUAGAAAAAAGAAAAGCUUUCAAUUGAGCUUUAAAAACAGAUUAGAGAGGGAAGGGGGAGGCCAUCCUCAUUUUCCAUGCCAUCACUCUGCUGUCAGAGCAGUAAGAAAGUUAAGAGUAAGUGGGGGGGGGAUGGGAGGAGGUAGGCAAGUGGGUGUAGUGGGGGUCAUUGGAUGCCCAUGGAAAGGUCAGACCCAGUGACGUCAGGGAUGGUAUGGGAUACCAAAUAGGCCUGGAAUGGUAUUUGAAAAAGCCCAGCUCUGUUUUCAGAGAUUUGCAAUAACAGUUUGGUUGGGGGAAGGGUGGUUAAUGCCAAUUCUGAGCUUGGUUUCCCAUCACUAAAUACAGCACAUAAUUUAAAACCCUUUUCAAGCUACAUUUUAGGAGCAUUAUUACUAUUUCCAAGCCUUUGUUUUUAUAAUAGGAAGUCAGUGGAAGGUCACACUUUCUUUUUAAAAGGGCUCUUGUUUUACUGUUUUUAAGAAUGAAGACUACCAAUGUUUUUUUAAAAUGAUGAUAUGGAAUUUGUAGCAUGGAUCCAGUACUGCUGAUUUCUGUAUCAUUUUUCACCACUCAAAUUAGCUUUGGUCAUUUUAGUAAAUUAUACUUUAUUAUGCUCUAGAA